AUGUCGGCACCCGGAGGCGGCUUUUUGGGCCGCUCGACCAGCAGCAACGCCAACAUGCGCGGCCUCGUCCAGUUCAUUGCCGACCUGAGGAACGCCCGCGCCCGCGAGCUGGAGGAGAAGCGCAUCAACAAGGAGCUGGCCAACAUCCGGCAAAAGUUCAAGGACGGCAACCUCAGCGGCUACCACAAGAAAAAAUACGUCUGCAAGCUCCUCUACAUCUACAUCCUCGGCUGGGACGUCGACUUUGGCCACCUCGAGGCCGUCAACCUCAUCUCGGCCCAAAAGUACUCGGAGAAGCAGAUUGGCUAUCUUGCCAUGACGCUGUUCCUCCACGAGAAGCACGAGCUGCUGCACCUCGUCGUCAACAGCAUAAGGAAAGACCUGCUGGGCAGCAAUGAGCUGUUCAACUGCCUGGCGCUGCAUGCCAUUGCCAACGUCGGUGGACGGGAGAUGGGUGAAGCACUCAGCUCCGAGGUCCAUCGACUUCUCAUCUCACCGACGUCCAAGUCGUUCGUCAAGAAAAAGGCCGCCUUGACCUUGCUCAGGCUGUACCGCAAACACCCGGACAUCGUCUCCCCGCAAUGGGCCGAGCGCAUCAUUCAUCUGAUGGACGACGCUGACCUGGGAGUGGCCCUUUCCGUCACCUCGCUGGUCAUGGCGUUGGCCCAGGACAACCUCGACGGCUACAAGGGCGCUUACACCAAGGCAGCCGCCCGGCUCAAGCGGAUCGUCAUUGACGGCGAAUACACGGUCGACUAUCUCUACUACAAGGUUCCCUGCCCUUGGCUGCAGAUUAAGCUGCUGCGACUGCUGCAGUACUUUCCCCCGUCCGAGGAUACCCAUGUUCGAGACAUGAUUCGGGAAUCUCUGCAAAAAAUCCUGAAUCUUGCCAUGGAAGCGCAAAAGAACGUUCAACAGAACAACGCGCAGAACGCAGUCCUGUUCGAAGCCAUCAACCUGAUUAUCCACCUGGACACGGAGCAUGCUCUCAUGAAGCAAAUCUCCUCCAGGCUGGGCCGGUUUAUCAAGAGCAGAGAAACCAACGUUCGUUACCUGGGUUUGGAAGCAAUGACGCACCUUGCCGCGCGGACGGAAACCCUGAUCCCCAUCAAACAACACCAGGACAUCAUCCUGGGGUCGCUCAAGGACCGAGACAUCAGUGUCCGCCGCAAGGGCCUGGAUCUCCUGUACAGCAUGUGCGACGCCACCAACGCCAGGAUCAUUGUCGGCGAACUGCUGCUCUUCCUCCAGAACGCAGACUUUGCCAUCCGCGAGGAAAUGGUGCUUAAGAUUGCCAUUCUCACCGAAAAGUACGCCACCGACGUCCAGUGGUACGUCGACAUCUCGCUGCGGCUCAUCGCCAUGGCCGGUGACCAUGUCAGCGACGAGGUCUGGCAGCGCGUCAUCCAGAUUGUCACCAACAACGAGGAGCUCCAGGUGUACACGGCGCAGACGGCUCUCCAGUACGUCAAGUCGGACCACUGUCACGAGACGUUGGUCAAGAUUGGGGCCUACAUCCUGGGCGAGUUUGGCCAUUUGGUGGCCGACCAACCCCGGUGCAGCCCGAUCGAGCAGUUCAUGGCCCUCCAAGGCAAGCUGACCGGCUGCUCCCCCAGCACGAGAGCAAUGAUCCUGUCCUGCUUCAUCAAGUUUGUGAACCUGUUUCCCGAGAUCAAGCCGCAGCUGCUGCACGCGUUUGAGUUUUACAGCCACGCCCUGGAUUCGGAGAUGCAGCAGCGCGCUUGCGAGUACCUGACCCUUGCGAGGCUGCCCACGGACGACCUGCUCAGGACAGUCUGCGACGAGAUGCCUCCGUUCCCGGAGCGCGAGUCGGCUCUUUUGUCGAGGCUGCACCAGAAGCAUGCCAACACCAGCGAUCGGCGCACCUGGGUCGUGGGAGGCAAGGACGCCAACGCCGACGGCGCCGAGCUGGGCAUGGUCAAGCCCGGGGCUCUCAAGAGGACCUUUAGCUCUGCGGCGGCGGCGGCAAGCGGCGCCAGGAGCGGUGCCGCGAAGCCCGCCGCGGACAACGGGGCGAACGACCUUGCCGGCCUGGACAUGAGCGCCGCCUCGGCCGCGUCGACGGUUCCGGCUCCCGGGCCAAGGGCGGCCAAACCGCCCCCCAACCUGGCGAGCGCCGCUCACUUGUCCCCGGGCUGGGAGGACGGAUUCCGGAAGAUGAUGCUCGUGCCGGACGGCGUUCUCUACGAGGACGGCCAGAUCCAGGUCGGCGUCAGAUCAGAGUACCGCGGCCAAGUGGCCUGCCUCAUCACGUACUUUUCCAACAGGUCCCCGUCGCCCAUGACGUCCUUUACCACCACCCUGGACCUGGACGCGGGCGAAAAGGGCAACCUGUCGUGGGACGUCAAGGGCCUUCCGGAGAGCACCAUCGCGCCAGGAGCGCAGACGCAGCAAGUCGUCAUGUUUGAAUCGAAAAACGUCUUUGCCAAAUGCCCCACCGUCCGCAUCAGCUACCUGGCGGGCGCUCUGCAGGCGCUGACUCUGAAGCUGCCCGUCGCCGCCCACAAGUUCAUGGAUCCCGCGGACCUGUCCGCCGAGGAUUUCUUCAAGCGGUGGAAGCAGAUCGGGGCGGGUGCACGCGAGGCCCAAGCCAUCUUUGGCGUCGCGAGUGCCCGGCCGGCCGCCGGGCCCGGCACCAUGCGCUUCACCGAGAGGUUUGUCAAGAGGACCGUCGAGGGCUUCCGAUGGCGGCUGCUCGACAUGGUCGACCCGAACCCCAAGAACCUGGUGGGCGCGAGCGUCUUGCACACGUCUGAGGGCGGCAAGUUUGGCUGCCUCUUGCGCCUGGAGCCCAACUACAACACCCAGCUGAUUCGACUUACUAUCCGCGCGACCAACGAGGCGGUCCCGGCGAUUCUGCUGCAGCUCAUGCAGCAGGCGCUGGCGCAGGGUUUUCGGACUCUCAUAGGACUCCGCGAGCAGCGUCUUAAAGACGCGACAAAAGACUAG